AUGGCCCAACCCCAGCGACCUCACCACCAUCACCAUCGCAUCCCAGAAAAAUUCGAAAACCCAUCAACUCCCAAGAUGUCAACCUCACCAGGCUCAGUAUCGAAUUCCGAGCACACACCCUCCGAAUCCUCCCAGCAAGUCUCAACCGUGAUGUCCACACCACCAAUAUACAUCGCCUCGCCAAUCCCGCAAACCUCAACACCAGGUCUCCACGCGUCCCUCCUCACGGGCAAAUUCUCAGACCUCACCAUCACCCACGGCACCACGACCUGGUCCGCGCACAAAGUCAUCAUAUGCGCUCAAUCGCCGUAUCUGGAAGCUGAGAUCGCCGAGUGUAUCGUAAGUCGAGCUUCUCUAUCUCAGUCCGCAAGUCCAGAGGAGGAGGAGAAAGAUCUAGACGGGCGUGCGAGAAUGGAACUUCGACGAGCCAGGAUGCCACGGUGUUGGAACGCGCCGCCGAGGUCUCGUGCUGAACCAGCGGUUUUGGAUCUUUCGGAUGAUCCACUAGAUGCUGUCACGCAGGUGAUAACCUAUCUGUAUACCGCAACAUACACACUCCCUCCCUCACCCCCGCGUCAAGCACUGGAAACAAAUAUCGCCAUCCACACACUCGCAGGAAAAUACCGCAUCCCAUCCCUCCAAGCCUUCGCAGCCGCGCAGUUUAAAUUCGUGAUGAACACGGAGCUGAAAGAUAUCGAUAUCUUUUUCGAACUCGUUAAAGUUAUAUACGCGGAGGAAGGGGAUGGGGCAACGGAACUCAGGGAAGCGGUCGUAGAAGCUGCGGUUACGGAGAUGGAUAUGCUGUUAGUGGAGGGUCGGAUGAGGUUCUUUGCGGCGCUGAGCGCGAAUUGGACGUUUUUGGGGGAUGUGCUGGGGGUGAUGAGGGAGAGGGGGAAGGGGGAGGAGGAGAGGGUUGGGUUCUUGUGUGAGGGGUGUGGGUAG